CUCGGCCCCACCCCCUUCUGACAACUCCGGAAAGAUGGCGGUGUUGGGGAGCGUCGGCCUACGUCUCUGGGGCCCUGCGCCCGCCCUGAGUCAGAGCCUCCGGGCUUUCUCCACCACCCACGGGGCAGCCGCCGCGGUGAGCGCGGAGCAGCUGGCGGAGAAGCUGAGGGCCCAAAAGCGUGAGGAACAGAAACAGGAGGAGCCUAAAAAACCAGUAUUGAGGCGGGUCCGCGAACUGUCCCAGCUCAGCAAGCAGCUGCAGCGGGUUCACCCCAACGUGCUGGCCAAGGCACUGAAGCGCGGGAUCCUCUACCAGAAUGAGGAGCUUGUGGUGAUUGACAAACCCUACGGCCUCCCUGUGCACGGUGGCCCUGGGAUCCAGAAUUGCAUCACCGAUGUGCUGCCAAUUUUGGCCAAGAUGCUGGAUGGCAUGAAAGCUGAACCCCUGCACCUGUGUCACCGGCUGGACAAGGAGACGACGGGCGUGAUGGUGCUAGCAUGGGACAAGGACACAGCACAUCGGAUCCAGUGCCUCUUCAAAACGCGACAGGUGGAGAAGAAAUACUGGACAAUCAGCGUGGGGCUCCCAGUCCCCUCGGAGGGGCUGGUGGAUAUUCCCAUUGUGGAGAAGCAAGUGCAGAGCCACCAGUCGCACUAUAAGAUGACGCUGGCACCGAACUACCGCGUGUCUCCUGAGAAUGGGAAGAUGGUGAAAGUGCGCCGGAACCGAGAUGCCCACAGUGCUGUGACCCGGUACCGCGUUCUGGCUAGCUCUCCCUCUUGUUCCCUCCUGGAGCUCCAGCCAAUCACAGGAGUGAAGCACCAGCUCCGGGUCCACCUGGCCUAUGGAUUGGGGUGUCCAAUCCUCGGGGACCACAAAUACGCACAUUGGAGCAAGUUGGCACCCCAGAAGCUUCCCGAGAACGCUCUGAUGAGACUGGGGUUGGAACAGGCCAAAGUGCGUCACCUCCCCCUCCACCUGCACGCCCACCAGCUCACCCUGCCCAUGGGGACCAGCGGGGACAAGCAGCUGCACCUGGUCUGCAGGCCGCCCCGCUUCUUCACAAACGCUUUAAAGCGGCUGAAGCUGGAGAUUCCAGAGUCGCUAGAGAAGUGAGAGGAGAGCAGAGCUGCCUGUCUCCGCAGCCACCAUUGCUCUGAUGACGUCUGACUCUGGUCCUAGCCGCUGUGCGGUGCUGUCUACCUCAUGGGAGAAUGGGAUGAUGAGUUCAGUGGUCUCAGCCGCUCCAGGAAAACCUCAGCCAUUGGGGACAAAGUCUGUCCA